GAAGAAUUGCGGACCGCACGUGAAACCGCAUGGAUGGAUAGACGAAUUGGUGGUGGUCGAUUGUUGCGAUUUUUCUGUCGGUCUCUUGGAUUAUGUGUGGACAUGGGGAACUGUGGAUGAACUGUGACGUUUUUCUAUUUAGUUUCCAUUUUUCGAAUUGACAGCGACAAGUAGCAAUUUGUUUUAGUGCAAUAUUGUUGUGAUAUUUUUUUAGUUUUAAUUGUUGUUUGUUAAAUGGGUCUCAAGAUGAAGUAUUUUACCACUGGACACAGGGAGUCGUACACCCUCAUCGCUAGAAAAAGAUACAUGAAGAAAUUGAGACAACAUCAGAGCAACACAACAUGGCACGGUGCCCCGUUGCAGGGGGUGCAAAGUCCGACGAACAAACCGAACGCCGAAAGGCUCAAGAGCACCAAAUGUGACAUAUUCGAUCUGAUCGAGAAGUCGCAAAGUUCCAGAUUAGACGACCAAAGAUGCGUGCUGCCGGCUUAUUUUAAUCAGCCGCCUCAGCUGCGCCCCAACAGCCAGUCGGGCAAGGACCCGAUGAAGGAGGACCGGCUGUCGACGAACAACAAUAUAAAAAUAUCGCCAGUGACGCCGCCUGCCCAGAACACGCCGCCCGCCUCGCCGCACCAGCCGCCCGAGUCGCGACGCCUCCUUCAGGAGACGCUCUCCAAACCGGGCCCAUAUCCGAUGAUAUGUGUGCCCCACGAUGACGGCCCGGCAGAGGCUAAGGAGAGCUUGGGUGGCGGUAAGGGGAAGCGGUACUGGGUGGACGGCACCAAUCACGAGGUCGAGUACGAUCAUCGCGGCCUCCCUGUGGUGAUACAUCAAUGGAGGGCCAAGAUCGAGAGCGAUGACACCGCGAAGUGUUACAGGAGAUUCUUUGUUGGAAGGGAACAUUCGUCCCUUAUUGGCAACGACGAAAACCUGGGUCCGGUUUUGAUUUCCAUCAAGUCAGAGAACGUGGCCAACCAGGAACACUUCCGGAUCUUGCUGCGACUAAAGACCGGCACUAUGCACGACAUCGUGCCCGCCUCUUGCCUCGGCUCCAACCCGUCGCCCGCCAAAAUGGCAAAGAUCUUCAACGAACAACUGAACAUAGAUAACUUCGUACCUGUACUGCAUCCGAAGGCCUCACAACUGAUCACCACGUACGACGAGCACGUGCUCGUCACCAACUUCAAGUUCGGCGUGUUGUAUCAGAAGUACGGUCAGAUUACUGAAGAGGAUUUGUUUUGUAAUACCGAAACGACACCGGCUUUCGACAAGUUCCUGUCAUUGCUCGGUCAGAGGAUUCAGCUGAAGGAUCACAAGGGCUAUAGAGGUGGACUGGACAUCCAGAACGGCCACACUGGCGAUCAAGCCGUUUACGAGAUAUUCAAGGAUAGAGAGAUCAUGUUCCACGUUUCCACGUUGCUACCGUACACGGAUAACGAUCCGCAACAGUUGCAGAGGAAGAGGCACAUCGGCAACGACAUCGUAGCCAUCGUGUUUCAGGAGGAGAACACUCCAUUCUCGCCGGAUAUGAUCGCCUCCCAUUUCUUGCACGCUUUCAUCGUCGUCCAGGUCAUCGAUCCCAACACCCCCAAUACAAGAUACAAAGUGAGCGUGACGGCCAGAGCUGAUGUUCCGUUCUUCGGACCAACCCUCCCGAAUCCAGCCAUCUUCAACCACGGCCCCGAAUUCCAAGAGUUCCUGCUCACGAAACUGAUCAACGCCGAAAACGCAUGCUACAAGGCAGAGAAAUUCGCCAAACUGGAACUGCGCACCAGAACUAGCCUCCUCCAAACUCUCACCGACGAUCUGAAAGAGAAGACCAGCGAAUUUCUGGGCGGAAGUGCGACAAUCGUGCCCGGUACUCCCAAGAGCGACUCCGGCCCCGGAUCCAGAUUCAUUGAUACGGUCAAGAAGGCCUGGAUAUCCAGGGUCAAGCCCAGUCCCAGCGUCGAGAAUAAUUUGGGAGCGAACGCCGGCCACGACAGGUUAACCAAGAAACCCAGUCAGCCUACCAUCUGCGAAUCCACACCAUCCAGCGGUCGUUCGAUGUCGAAGAUCUCAAUUGCGUCAAACGGCAAGAAGAGCGGUAGCAACAACUCUUCGACUGCCUCAUCACCGGAUUUGACACAGAGAGGAAUUGUACGACCAGCGUUAUCGGAAGUCAGUGAUGAUUCUUCGUUGACCAGCGAAGAUUUGGAACAUCUGGCCGGUGGCUACAUUGACAGUGACACCGGUUUAGAGAGUAUGUCUAGCGCUGAGACGACAGCGAAGGCGUGCAGCGUUUGCCAGGACCGACCUGGCAGCACCACCGAAUCUGGCACGAAUGAGGCUUUGGUUCAAGAAGUAUCAAAGUUGAAAUGUGACAAGUUGGAACUCCUCAGACAGAAUGUGAAUUGUCAGAGGGACUUGAAACGACUGAGGGAGAAAGAGCUGAUAUUACAGGGCGAGCUGGCGAACAUGACGAAGGAAGUGAACCGAUUGAGAGACGUGCUGAAAGAUUACAGCCCCAACGGUGACCGAUCUCCGAUGUAAACGGUCCUGCUUCCGUUUAUUUUUGUAUUAUUACUAUAAGUUCUGCGUUUCGCUUUCGUCCUAGUUUCUUCCCCCUCCACUCUCGGUUUUGCUUUAAUUUUCGUUUCGUUUUGGGUUUUUGAUUCGUCGGAAUGACCGUUUCGUUUUUUGUUUAUUAUGGUAAUUAUUGUUUUAAUAUUUAAAAUGAAUAAUUACUGCUAUACUAUAUACAAUAAUAAUAAUGAUAGGAAAUAUGUACGUAAAUUAUGUCAAUUAGAUAAAAUUUGCCGCACAUGUAAGAGGUAUUUAGGACUUCUCACAUCACAUCCUUGCAUUUUUCCUACCCUGUCUCAACUCCUUUUUCUGUUCUUUUUUUGUUUGUGAUAUAAUUUUAAAAACAUUUUAUCUUCAUCUUUUUCUAUAUAAAUUUUAUAUAUUUAGUUUUUUAAUAUUUAUUAGAGUUACACAGUUAAUGAGAGAAACUGUGUAAACAAAACAAAGUUUACCAACUUAUUAUACCAAAGUCAACAUUCCCCAAAUAUAUGUUUUCAGAAAAAAUAAUUAUUUACUAAGUGUAUAUAACAAAGUAUUUAUUAGUUAUUAAGUUUUUUGUAAUUAGAGAACUCUAUUUCUACUUUGUUCAUAUGUUUUAUUUGAUAAGUUAACCUUGCAAUAUUAUCUAUUACUAAAUAGCUUAGUAUUUGAAAGUAUAUUUAAGUUUGUAUAUACAUUUUGAAGAAAUCUAAUUUUUUUUUUCAAAAAAUUAACUUAAUGGCCUUUCUAGAUAAUUGUAAAUUAGGAAAUCUCAAGGUGAUAAUAUGAACUAAAAUGAAAGUAUACAAAAAAUGCUGGAUCAAAUUUGAAAAAUUUGAAGGUUCAUGAUUUUAUGUAAAGAUAUAUAUGUGUAACUGUGUAUAAAAAUUAAUAAAGUAACCUAUAUUCUUUACUCUGGAAAAAAGCUUUUUUUAAGUUAAGUACCUAAUGUUUAAUAAAUGUUUGUUUUUGUACAAGUUAUCAUAACUAUCAUUAUGUACCUUGAUUUGUUUGUGUUGGACCAUAUUUUUGCUGCAACAGAACUAAUAAACUAUCUGUAUUAAAUAAA